AGCCAUUCUCUCAUCCUCUAUAUAUGUGGUUGAUUAAAAGUAGAGGCAGGCAGAGGCAGCAUAGCAUUGUGUUUGAUAUUGUGCAAGCAUGAAGAUUGCACUGUUUCUCGAGUUUGUAAGCCUCAAUGGGGUUGUGAUAGCCAUUGCCUUGGCAGCAGCCCUGCUAUUAUUCGCAUGGAGUAAUACAUCAAAGUUAAAGAAUGGAGUAUUACUCUCAUGGAGUCUUUCAAAAAUCAGCGAGGCUAAGUUAAAGGAUGUGCAGCUGCCUCCGGGACCUGUGGCACUACCAGUGGUGGGAAAUCUUCACCUUUUGGGAAAGCUUCCCCACAGAAGACUAGCUCACCUCGCGCUCAAAUAUGGGCCCAUUAUGUACCUCCGCCUCGGCUCUCUGCCCUACAUUGUCGUCUCAUCUCCUGACAUGGCCAAGCUUAUUCUCAAAACUCAUGAUCAAAAUUUCGGGACCAGGCCUCUGCUGAACUUCGGGAAAAAUGUCAUGUACGGCUCUGCAAGCUUGGCUUUUUCUGCCCACGGAGCUUACUGGAAGCAAAUUCGUAAAGUGGUGACAUCUCAACUGUUGGGUCCCAAGACUCUCGAUUCUUUCAAAUUUAUGAGAGCAGAAGAAAUGCGAGCUAUGGUCGAUAGAGUUAUGGACCACUGCAAUGGUUCUGCUGCUUGUUCUCCUCUUAAUGUCAGUGAGCUGGCUUUUGACGUCACUAUGUGUAUGUCGUGCAGAAUGAUACUUGGCAAAAGUUACUCAGACCAAGAGUUGAGUAACAAUGGUAGCUUCCAGUUCAAUUUGAGUGAACUGGCUCAUGAGUUUUUCCGCUUAGCCGGUGCUUCUGAUAUCGGGGAGUUUAUUCCUUGGUUGAGGUGGUUGGAUGUGCAGGGUCUUAUCCGCCGCCAGAAGAAUCUUCAUAAGACGUUCGAUGCGUUUAUGGAGAAGAUAUUAGAGGAGCACUUACAAGCCAAAGGCGGCGAUGAACCCAACAGAGAUUUCACAGACGAAUUGGUGGAACUCAUGCUCGAGAAAAAAUUCACACGGGGAGAAGUCAAGGCAAACAUGCUUGAAAUGCUGGUGGCUGUAAUCGACACAUCAAGCGUGACCGUGGAGUGGGCAAUGUCUGAAAUGCUGUCAAACCACCCUUCGAUUAUGAAGAAAGUGCAGGAUGAGGUGGAAAGAGUAGUGGGCAAGAAGAAUAAGUACGUACAAGAGACAGAUUUGGAUGAACUGGAAUUCUUAAGGGCAGUGGUGAAGGAAACGCUGAGGCUUCACCCGCCGCUGCCAUUGCUACUUCCACGAGAGGCCAUUGAAGAUUGCCAGAUUGACGGUUACCACAUUCCUCGCGGGUGUCUUGUUACUGUGAAUGCGUGGGCAGUGUCGAGGGAUCACAAUGCAUGGGGCAAUGACGCACAAGUGUUCAGGCCAGAGAGGUUUAUAGAGAUGGAGAGGGAUGUAGAUGUGAGAGGGCAGCACUUUGAGAUCCUGCCCUUCGGAGCAGGGAGGCGAAUGUGCCCUGGCAUGGCAUUGGGAUUUAAAGCGGUGCAGCUUAUAUUGGCCAAUCUUUUGCAUUGUUUUAAUUGGAGUCUUCCCCAUGGAAUGACAGCGAGUGAUUUGGAUAUGGGAGAGGAAUUCGGGCUGUCCACGCCCAAAGCAGUUCCCCUCUGUGCAAUUACCACUCUUCGCCACCGCUAAGAAUACAAAACCCUAUUAGUCUAGUGAUCCCAAUCUAUGAGAUGUGUUGUUAGUCUAUGUUUAAUCUAGUGGAUGUUAAAAUUGUAGUCUUUUUUCUUUUUCUAUUAUAAAUUCUUAAGUAUUUGCUUACAUAAUUAUAUCUCAUAAGUUAUGUUUAGUCUUUG